AUGGCCGAACAAGAGAAUGGAGUGCCAAAUGGCACUAACGAGCAUACGCCAACUACUCCGAAGCCAAAGCACACGAGUCUGGCAUUGACCGAAUAUACGGCGAACCCUUCUCCGCCCUCUCAGACUCCACUGGAACAGCCGCGGCAUCCUGCAGUUCCUGAGCACCUUCUGCUUCCCAAUGGACACCCCGACGUAAGUAUUGCAAUACCGUAACAAAAGAUUGCCGUAAUACAUUGCUGCAUUGGAACUUCGCACAGGACAAACCCAACAGGGGAGUGGACAACCGACUCCGCUGCAACGAGUUUGUGCUCAAUUGGGAACGAUUAGCUGACAGUUCUCUAGUACAUACGCCUGAUCACAACCGCAAAAGUCUACGAUGUCGUGGAGCAGACCCCCCUUACACAUGCUGUCAACAUCAGCAAUCGAUUAGAGAGCGCCGUCUACCUCAAGCGGGAGGAUCUCUUGCCUGUGUUUUCCUUCAAGCUUCGCGGUGCAUACAACAAGAUGGCCCAUCUCAGCCCUGAGGAGAGGUGGAAAGGUGUCAUUGCGUGUUCAGCUGGCAACCACGCUCAAGGGGUAGCAUUCUCUGCUCGGAAAUUGCGCAUGCCUGCGACCAUCUGCAUGCCAACUGGUACACCGGCCAUAAAACACCAGAACGUGUCAAGGCUGGGUGGCAAUGUUGUACUUCAUGGGGCCGACUUUGACGAGGCCAAAGCAGAAUGUAGUCGGAGGUCUGAAGCAAAUGGCCUCACCAUCAUCCCUCCUUUCGACGAUCCGUAUGUCAUUGCUGGUCAAGGCACUAUUGGAGCUGAGAUUCUUCGGCAAGCAGACCUGAGCAAGCUGGAAGCCAUCUUCUGCUGCGUGGGUGGAGGUGGCCUCAUUGCCGGCACUGGAGUUUACCUGAAGCGUUUUGCACCCCAUGUGAAGAUCAUUGGCGUGGAAACAUACGACGCGAAUGCGCUGAUCCAGUCGUUGAAACUAGGCAAACGGGUCACUUUGCCUGAAGUCGGACUGUUUGCAGAUGGAGCUGCUGUCAAGACCGUGGGCGAGGAGACUUUCCGCAUCUGCUCGGAAGUCGUAGAUGAGGUCAUUCAGGUCGACACAGAUGACAUCUGUGCUGCCAUUAAGGAUGUUUUUGAAGACACGAGAUCUAUCUUGGAGCCCGCAGGAGCGCUUUCACUGGCAGGUCUGAAGAAAUACGUUGCCGCAAAUCCAUCACAAGACACAAGGCGGCAAUUGGUCGCCAUUGCCAGUGGAGCUAACAUGAACUUCGAUCGUCUCAGAUUCGUUGCUGAACGCGCAGCUAUUGGUGAGAAGAAGGAGGCCCUGUUGGCAGUGACCAUUCCGGAACAGCCUGGUGCUUUCGCCAAGCUGAUAGCGGCCGUCAACCCACUGGUCGUCACCGAAUUCUGUUACCGCUACGCUACAUCUACCGCUGCCAGUGUCAUCAUUGGAAUUCAGGUAUCAGCUACCACUCGAGGUCGCGAUGUCACGGACCUUUUGCAACGCUUGGAGCAAGAAGGCAUGGCCGCUCGCGACGUCUCCGGAGACGAACUGGCGAAGACGCAUAUUCGGUACCUGGUCGGAGGUCGAAGCAAUGCUGAGAAUGAGAGACUUUUCGCGUUCGAAUUUCCUGAGCGUCAAGGUGCACUGCACAAGUUCCUCACGACCUUGCAGCCCGGCUUCAACAUCUCACUCUUCCACUAUCGGAACUACGGAGGGGAUAUUGGAAAGAUUCUGGCUGGCAUUCAAUGCCCGCCAGAUGAGGAGGCCGGUCUCGAGCAAUUCCUGAAAGAUAUUGGGUAUGGCCACACAGAAGAGACGGAGAAUGAGACGUAUAAGAUGUUCAUGCGUGGUUGA